AUGGAGUCAGAGGCGAUGGAAUACAGAUACCUCGGGAAUUCUGGCCUGAAAAUCUCAGUUCUAGGAUUUGGCAACAUGACAAGUGGCUGGUCAGAAGGAACUGAGCAAUGGAGCUUUGACUGUGUUGAUAAAUGCAUCAGGGGUGGUGUCAAUUUCUUCGACACUGCAGAAUUCUAUGGGAUGGGAGUCGCUGAGACCAUUCUUGGAAAUAACAUUAAACAAGGAGGCUGGGAUAGAGACGAUCUUGUGAUCACCACUAAGUUCAUUCCGACAAAAGCAGUAGGAAUUCAAGGAUUGAGCAGAAAAAGACUACGUCAAGCCAUAAAUCAUUCGCUUAAGAGACUUCAGCUAGAUUAUGUUGAUGUCCUUUAUCUCCAUAGAUUUGAUUGUGAAGUCCCUCUUGAAGAAUCAAUUAGAAUUGUCAAUGAAUUAAUUGAUGAUGAUAAAGCUUUUUAUUGGGGUACUUCAGAAUUCCUGCCUAGGAAAAUAGCCAUUAUAUAAUUUCCUUUAACGGGAAAACGCCCACGAAUUUUACCCAAAAUUGCUUAUUUUUUAGAAAAUUAUUUAGAAAGCUAAAAUGCAUAUAGCCCAGAAUUCAACGCUCAGCAGCUAGCUGAAUGUCACGCAAUCUGUGAGAAACAUGGCUGGAUUCAUCCUAUUGCAGAACAAGUCCAAUACCAUAUGUUUGAAAGAGCAGAGGUAGAAAGAGAUUAUGUUCCAAUUUAUAAAGAAUACGGAAUGGGGACAACUGUAUGGGGUCCUUUGGCAGGAGGACUUCUAUCAGGAAAAUAUAAUGAUGGCAAUAUCCAGCCUGGCAGAUUUGAAAGUGGACCAUUUUCUCAAGUUUAUAGACAAAGGUUUGAAACUUACGUUGGGAGCAGAAAAGAAGCUGCUGUCAAAACAUUGCAAGGCUUAAAAAGUUUGGCUGACGAAUUAGGGUGCUCACAAGCUCAGCUUGCCUUAGCCUGGGUUAUUAAAAACCCUGAUGUAACGACCGCAAUCCUUGGUGCGUCUUCUCCAGCACAAUUAGAUGGAAGCCUAGCUGCCGUUGAAGUCAUGAAAAAACUGACCCCAGAAGUAUUAGCCAGAAUAGAGGAUUUGCUAGGAAAUCGUCCAGCUCCUUCUAUGAAUUGGAGAAAUUUUACUCCAAAUCCUCCUAGGCGUUAA